GCCUACCCAGCGAUGGACAGCUCCCUGCAUGCCAAGCUCGGCCUUCUGCUCGGCUGCUGCCUGUGGGGCGCAUGGGGCCACACCAAGAUCGACGUUAGCAAUGGGGGGAUAUGGGGCACGUGGGGCGCGGAACAGUCCUGCCCCGGCAACAGCUUCGCCGUUGGGUUCUCCCUGAAGGUGGAGCUGCCCCAGCUCGCCGGGGAUGACACGGCACUGAACGGGAUCCGGCUGCUCUGCUCCGACGGCAGCACCAUCCAGUCCAACGUGGGGCCGUGGGGCUCAUGGGGCUCAGUGAAGAAAUGUCCCUCGGGGCAGCGGCUGACCCAGUUCCGGCUGCGGGUGGAGCCCUGCCAGGGCCUCAAGGACGACACGGCCGCCAACAACAUCGAGUUCGUCUGCACGGGCGGGGCGGAGCUGAGGGGGGAUGGGCGGUGUUGGGGCAAGUGGGGCCCCCAGAGCCGCUCCUGCGGCCCGCAGGGCAUCUGCACCAUCGCCACCAAGGUGGAGGCCCCCCAAGGCAAAGGGGACGACACGGCCCUGAACGACGUCUAUUUCAAAUGCUGCAGUUUGUCUGGUGGGUCUGGUGUUGGGCGCUGACCGCUCCCCACUGCCUCCCCAGUCCCCUCCCCCCACGAACCCUGCUCCCAGCUGCUCCCCCAC